GAGUAACUGCAUGCUGGUGUGCUAGUGCUAGAGAGAGGGUGAGGGAGCGAGCAGGGGGAACCAAGUGCUCCUCCGGGAUCUUAUCGGAGCCUUCUCCCUUCUCUCGCCUUCCUCUCUCCUCCUUGUACACCGCCUGCUUGUGUCCAUUUAAGUUGGGGAGGCCCUGGAGAGGAUACACAAUGGAGCGAAGAGUCUGUGGCAACUGGGCCGUUGUACUGCUGAGAGGGGGAUGGGGUAGAGAGAGGACCGGUUCACACAGCUAACACAGCCUGCUGGCUGUAGGCUUCCUCAGCCUCUCCUCCCCUCCUGGACCAACUGUUUCCAGGCUGGGGCCUUUUUCCUGGAAACAGCCACCCCCAAACUCUGCUUGGACUACACUAAGGAUUACUCAUCAUGUUCUGUGGGAUUUUAGAAUACAAACUGGAGCCUGAAGAAUAAAUCUCUCCCGUGUUUUGGAUUGAGAGAAAAGAAAGAACAAACUUCUGUGUAAUUCUUUCGAGCCCUUGUUUUUUGGUUUCUGUUUCUGUUUAGUGGAGUUCAUAAAUGGAUUACAAGAUGCACGCCAAGUCAAACGAUUUGCUGGAUUUUCAGAAACUGGACGCCCUUCUGGAAAAAAUUGCACAUUCAGUCUCUGUAAAAAGAGAGUCCAGUGAGGAGUGCAAUGGGAUCAGCAGUGCUCUGUCAGUGGAGUCUGUGCCGGGGCCAAGACUGAACUGGUGUCCUGCCAACACCUCUACCCCUGCCCCUGCUCCAGCUCCAGCUCCUCCUCCGGGGCACGGGCCCAUGCUCAACCCACACAGAAUGGGGGACGGCCUGGACGCAGCGCAAAUGUCGGGCAGCAGCAGCAGCCAGGGGCAGGCCCAGUCCUCGGGUAACCUCUCAGCCCCUGAGUACGUCACUCCCGACAGGCCAAAGCGCCAGACCAAUCAGCUGCAGUUUCUGCUCAAGGUGGUGGUGAAGACCAUGUGGAAGCACCAGUUUGCCUGGCCCUUUCAUGCACCAGUGGAUGCAGUCAAACUCAACCUGCCUGACUACUACUCAAUAAUCAAAAUUCCUAUGGACAUGGGAACAAUCAAGAGAAGGCUUGAGAGCAGUUACUACUUGAAUGCCCAAGAAUGUAUCCAAGACUUCAACACAAUGUUUACCAACUGCUACAUAUACAACAAGCCUGGAGAUGACAUAGUCCUGAUGGCUGAGUCUCUAGAGAAAUUUUUCCUCGGGAAGAUCGCAGAAAUGCCUCAGGAAGAAACUGAGAUUGUUGUCAUGACAGGGAAAGGACGCGGGCGGGGCAGGAGAGAGGGAGGCCUGAGCUUGAAACCAGGGGCCAUCAUUGAUCCUUCGUCCACGACUCCUCACACCCGUGGUCUGUCAAACCUCUCAGCAUCACCACUGACCAGAGGACCUGUGCAGGGGCCACCUUCACUACCUCCCCAGCCUUUGAUGCAGGCCCACGUGCCCCCGACGUUACCUAGCCACGCGCCCCAGCUCGGAGGUCCCUACUCCCUGGGUCAAUCUGACUGUGCUCCUCAAGUUCCCAUCAUGACUUCUGUGCCUCCCCCUGCUCAGACUUCCCUGCCUCCAGCAUCCAUCCAGAACACUGCCCCCAUGCUGCAGAACCCUGUUACCAUGACCAAACCAUGCAGUCAGUCGAACCCGCACAUGAUCCGAUUUCUCAACAAGUCUUUGGAAAUAAAGCAAAGAAAGAGCCAGAAAAGGAAAGCAGACACUACAACGCCCACAGCAAAUGACCAACUCAGUGAAUCUUCGCCAGCAGAGUCCAAAUCUGGGAAGACGUUACCCAGGCGAGAGAGUACCAGACCUACAAAACUGAUUAAGAAGGAGGCUCCAGACUCUCAGCAUCACAUAGGCAUGGGUAUCGGACUGAGCGGACCAAGCGGAGGUCAUAGCCCCAAACCACAAGAUCAACUGGGAUAUUGUGCUAGUUUGGUUAGGGAUAUGCUGUCAAAGAAACAUGCUGCCUACGCCUGGCCUUUCUACAAACCCGUUGACGUGGCUGCACUUGGACUACAUGAUUAUCACGAUAUCAUCAAACAUCCCAUGGACCUAAACACCAUCAAGGCAAAGCUGGAGAACAGGCAAUACCGGGAACCCCAGGAGUUUGCUGCUGAUGUACGAAUAAUGUUUUCCAACUGCUACAAAUAUAACCCACCAGACCACGAGGUGGUGGCUAUGGCACGCAAACUACAGGAUGUGUUUGAGAUGCGUUUUGCCAAGAUGCCAGAUGAACCGGAGAGCAAACCUCUGGUUUCUCCCCCAGCUCCUACACUUCACCAUCCGGCCCCUGUUAAGCCUCCACCUCCUUUGGCCCACAUCGCCUCGUCUUCAGACAGUUCCAGUGACUCAUCUUCUGAGUCUGAGUCUUCCACGGAUGACUCUGAAGAGGAGCGAGCCCAGAGGUUGGCUGAGCUCCAGGAACAGUUGAAGGCUGUCCAUGAGCAGCUGGCAGCCCUGUCUCAACCACAAGUCAGCAAACCAAAGAGAAAAGAGAAGGAGAAGGAGAAGAAAGAGAAGAAAAAAGAGAAGCAUAAGAAGAAGGGAAGCAUGCCUAGCCUUGUGGAUGAAAUGCAAGACACUAUACCUGUUUCGCAGAUCUCUAAGAAGAACAAGUCGAGUAACAGUAACAACAAAGAGGUUGUUUCCAAGAAGAAACACAGUAAAAAGGAAGGGAUGAAAAGCCACCAUCCACCCAAUCUGCAGCCAGUUCCCAGCCUGGAAGAUGACCUUGGGGCUGCUGGGUCAUCAGCGUCAGGGGAAAAGGGCAAGCCCAUGACAUAUGAGGAGAAAAGGCAAUUAAGCUUGGACAUCAACAAGCUUCCAGGUGACAAGCUUGGCCGCGUAGUACAUAUUAUCCAGUCCAGAGAGCCCUCACUUAAAAACUCAAACCCUGAUGAGAUAGAGAUUGACUUUGAGACGCUAAAGCCUUCCACUCUGCGCGAGCUGGAGAGAUACGUUUCUUCCUGCCUCCGCAAGAAGAAAAGGGCUCCAGUUGAGAAGACUUUGGAGUCCAUGGCUACCUCCAAAAAGAUGGGAUCUUCUUCAGAGAGCACUGGCUCCAGCUCAGACAGCGAAGCAGAAGGGACAGAAAUAAUAAAACACCAGAAAAAGAAGGGCCAGUCUGUAAAGGAGGGGAAGAAGAUGCAUCUUCACGCACAGAGCGGCUCUGCUCACUCUGGGCUUCAUUCCCAGCCUGCAGGCCUUCAGCCGAGCAGUCAGAUCAAGCAUCAUCAGCCGCAGCAUCAGCAGCCAUCUCCUGCAGGCUUCAUUGCUCCCCCCGUAGCUGCUCUGGAGUCUUCCCAGUUACUGGAGACUGGCUUCGAGUCCCUGCCACCUUUCAACCAGCCCCUCGUGCAUCUGUCUCACCACUCGGGCAACUCCUCCUCACCUCCACACCUCAAUGCUCAUUCUUCUGAGCCUGUGUCCCCCGAGACCCACCCCUUCCUUAACCAGCAUCACGUCCUCCCGCCUCCAGCCUUGCACAGUUCCAUGCCGCAGCAGCCGUCUCGACCCAGUCACAAGGCAGCGCCGCUUCAUCCUAAACUCCCUCAGCAGCAACAAGCAGCACCUCCUCCUCCUCCUCCUCCUCCUCCGCAGCCAACCCUGCAGCAGCAUCAACAACCGCAGCAGCAGCAACAACAACAGCAACAGCAACAACAGCAACAGCUACAACAACAGCAGCAGCUACAGCAACAGCUACAGCAACAGCUACAGCUACAACAACAGCUACAACAACAGCAACAACAACAACAGCAACAGCAACAGCAGCAGCAACAGCCACUGCAGGUCCAGUCAGCAGCGCCGCCACAGCAUCAGCUCCCCUCUCAGAUCCUUCACCCUCCUCAGCCUCUGCACCAACGGCCCAUGUCCCCCCCAACACUUACACCCCAGGGCUUGCUGUCUUCUCAACCUCCUCAGAUGCUGCUGGAGGACGAUGAAGAACCAGGGUCUACUACGCCUUUGAACCAAGUACAGUUAUACCUGCAGCAGUUCCAGCAACCCCGUCAGCCCCAGCAGUCCAUGCAGUCGCUCCAGGCGCAGGCUCGUCAGCAGCAGCAGCAGCAACAGCCGGCACAGACUUCUCUCCUGCAGUCGGUCCAGGGACAAUCGCAACUCUCAUCUAAGGCGACGCUGCCUCCUCCCCAGCUCCAUGUUCAGUCCCAGGCUCCUCCUGCCCCAUCACAUCAGCCCCCGCCCCAACAGAUGCCUCUACACCAGGCCCGCCACAUGCAGCACACUCAGCAGCAGCAGCAACAGAGCUACCAGCAGGGUGCUGGACUAGCUGCCCAGUCGCUGGGAUCACAACACAAGGUUUCAAUCUCUACCAACAAAGCACAGCAGAUCAUCCAGCAGCAGCAAGACCUGUCCUCCCCUCGCCCGACCAAGGCUGACCCUUACACAGGUCACAUGAGGGACAACCCAUCCCCUCUUAUGAUGCAUUCCCCACAACUCCCCCAGUAUCCUCCUGUGUCUCAUCCGUCUCCACCUCACAACGUGCAGCCCAAAAAGCAGAGGGCCCCUGGGAGCCAAGGUGGGUUGAAGGAGGAGAAACUUGCUCCAUCACCAGUGAUGAGAGGAGAGUCUUUUAACCCUGCAAUGAGACCAGACCAUCACAAACACCCCGACAACAAGCCUUCUCAACCAGGCCACGGCCAACAGAAUGUGAAGUCCAUAGACAGCUCGCGACCCGUCAUCCGCUCCUCUGAGCCCAGUGGGCCACCGCCCUCUCUGCAAGACAAGGAGAAGUUCAAGCAGGAGUCAAAGGCGCCUGUUGCCCCCAAGAAAGUACAGGAUGUGAAACUAAAGAACAUGGGCUCAUGGGCCAGUCUGGCACAGAAGUCCACGUCUACGCCCAUGUCUGCAGUGAAAUCAUCGAGUGACAGUUUUGAGCAGUUCCGUCGUGCUGCUCGGGAGAAAGAGGAGAGGGAGAAAGCCCUGAAGGCCCAAGCUGAGCAGGCGGAAAAGGACCGGCUACGCAGGGAGCAGGACAAACUACGAGGUCGGGAUGAAGACGACGUCAUGGAGACGACCAGGAGGGUGCACGAGGAGCCACGCAGGCGCCAGGAACAGCAGCACAUUCAAGCCGCUGCGCAACAACUACAACAACAACAACAACAGCAGCAGCAACAACAGCAGCAGCAGCAACAACAACAACAACAACAGCAGCAGCAGCAGCAGCAACAACAACAGCAGCAGCAGCAACAGCAGCCACAGCAGCAGGAGCCCCCGCCGACCGCCAUUCAGCAGGUUGCUCAACCCCCCACACCGCCUCAGCCCGCCGCACAGAACCCGCUCGACCAACAGAGGGAGCUUGCACGCCGCCGAGAGCAGGAGCGGAGGAGGCGAGAAGCGAUGGAAGCGACUAUUGACAUGAAUUUCCAAAGUGACUUAAUGGCUAUCUUUGAGGAGAACCUGUUUUGAGGAGAGGAGCACCUGAAACGUAACUGCAAAAAAAAAAAAAAAUACGAUUCCCUUGGCAGGGGGGGGGGUUAAAAGAACUUUGGAUGAUUAACACUUCCUCUAAAGUGAGAUUUGCUGACCACGCACCACAGAGGGACACGGGCUGUGUGUAGACGUGACGGACGCUCGGAUGCCGGAUGGGAAGCUCCCAGCUCACGGGGAUAGUCUCAUUGUCCUGGAUGUAAUUUCCGGGGGGAUUUCGGCAUCGUCUGCGCGGCGUCUCACCGCGACAGAGGGAAGGAGCCCUCCUCCCCCACCCCCCAAGUCGGCACAGUUGCCUUUGUCACACUUGCUUCUAGUGUGCGUGGUCGCAAACAAUAAUCACAAGAGUAGAGACAGUAACUAUGAACAUGCUCUGAUAAUGUACUGACGGACUGCGUUUUGAAACUGCCAGAUGUCUGAGGUGAUGAAGAGGACUGGUCUGUUUUGUUUAUUGUAAGUGAACACAUGAAUGGUUGGAGUGGAGCGAUUUGACGGGGGGGGGGGCAACAACUUCCAUACUGUAAAUCCUGUAUAUUUCUCAGCGGAGAAGGUACACUUUGCCUUACACCUCUUUCCUAAACAGACCAUUAGUUCUGUGGCCUGCACACAUGGACAAACCAAUAACAUUUAAAAAGCAGGAGUAGGAGCAGUGCAGACCUUUUUCAUCAUGUAGUAACUACUGUAAAGAAGUAUUUUCUUAUACUACAAUAACUGUUUAUUUUAUUUUUUUCCCUCUCUGAAUCUUCACACCAACACACUCCGCCACUUACGUCUAUGCCAAACCACCCAUUCUCUUUUAUUCUCUAUAACUUGUCCUAAAACACGGUCGGUAGUUGGCGGGGGAUAAAAACCCCUGCGUAUAUGCAUCAAUCAUAGUUCCAGUGAGGAUUUUAACCAGACACAGAAUCAUUUGAAGUUUUUAUCCUGCCUUGUAUUUCUUAUCUAAAGCCGCAACAGGAAAAUCGUUAGCAGAAGAGUAGAAAGGUCCGGUGGUUUUCCGAGUUUUAGUUGAAAUUUAAUUUCACUACGAGUAAAUAAGUUGCACCGUUAUUUGUAUUACACUUUUAGACAUGAUGUUGGAGAUGUUCAUAUCAUUGGCUCGUUCGCAGCAGUCCCACGAGCAGGAGUUCAGUGAGGAGUCGAGGAGCCCCCCCCCCCCCCCCCCCCCCUCCGCGCUGCUGCGAGCACGCCGAUCUGACCUCGCGGGUUUUAGAUCACAUGUCAACAAGCGGAGCGUUCGAGGCAGGAAGGGGACAACCGGGAAUAAAAACAAACACUCGCCAACUUUUACGUAGCUGUUUGGUGAACCAGGUUAGGAAAGAAUAGUUGAGGGGAUCAGAGAAAGCUCCUGGUUGGUUUGGAAGCGUCACCACGGGCACAGUGUCGACGACACAAAAUAAAAAGACAAAAACGAUUACAAAAGUCACAAAUCUGAAAAAGCUGAAAAAAAAAACAGUUUUGAUUUCUAUAUUUGUUCUUGUUCGAUAAUAGUGGAUGUGAGUUCUAUUUCUGUUCUUGGAGAUGUCGUCUGGAGCUCGGAUGGGUUGAAAUCUGAAACGCAUCUCGUCCUCUCCACUCGUCUCUUAUGGUGUUUUUUCUCCAGUGCCUGUAUUGUAUUGCAAUUCUCGUUGGCUUAUAUUACACUUCGAGGGGGUCUAGAAAUGGGGCGAGUCCGGAAUUGGGUGGUGUAGUAUUUGACCGGGGAGGGAGAUUUUUGAAAGAGUUUGUGUAAAAAAAAUAAAAUGACAUAAAAAAAGGAAAAGACAGCAUUUUAUAUUUUACCCGUUGUCAAUAUUCGGGUUUUAAAUUUAGUUUUAGCUGGAGUGUACACACCUGACAACUACUUUCUCUCCUUUUGUUCAAUCAGCAGAUUUUAGAUAGAGAUGUUUCCGCAUUGCCACACUUAGCGUGUGAGUCUGGUCUGUGAGUGUGACUGUGUAAAUUUGGACGAUUGCGUGACUGUUUGUUAUUGUUAUUAAUUUUUUUUAAGUGUGUGGUACAAGGAGGUAUGUUCCGCAAUGUAGAUAAGCAUUCUAUUGAGGAGGAGGAGGAGAAACAGGAGGAGGAGAAACAGAUGAACAGUACUUCAGGAGAAUUUUGUUUUUGUGCUUAAGUCACCUUUUUUAAAUUUCCAUGAAGUCCACCAUAUAUGAAUAUAUAAUUUUUAUUAUUAGACUGGUUUUGAAAGGGUAAAAAAAAACAAAAAAAACUUCAUUCCUGUUUAGCCUUUUUUUUUUCUUUUCACAGUAACUGUUGGACAUAAUGUGCCAUGAGUUCUACCGAGAAUGUGCUGACCCGCAGCUCAGCCCAGAGUUUGCUUUAUUCAGGUAUUUUAUUUUGUGUUACAUGUGUUCUGUUUGGGGGGGGUUUUGUUCGAACCUUUUCCUCGAUUAUCGUUUGGUAUGUGACUGGUCUAUCGAGGUUCCUGAUCUGUUAUAAGUCUGUUAUGAUCAUUGAAUAAACUCAUUUCUUUUAUAGAAAAUAAAAAAAUAAACGAAAAAAACUGUU